AUGGAAGAUAGCUCAGCACUGCAGGAGUUCGUCUUUCCAGUACCAAAUGUCAUUGAACUUCCUGGCUCUGACCGGUCAAAUAUGGACCACUAUGUGAAGGACUUCAACGCCACCCAACAUGGGUACCGAAUCCGAAUUGGUAACUCCAAGGAGGGCAGCCAAUUCAUUCACUACCACUGCUAUCGAGGCGGAUUUCCCAGCACAGGGACUAAAAAAUCAGUUCGCAUCGGCUGUCCAUUCAAACUCAAUGCACGAUACCUACCCCACCACGAUGCCUGGCUACUUAUCCACACGCACCUUGGGCACAACCACCCCCCCGAUCACGAACUUAAACCAAGAAAGCCAAGAAAGGCUACUACGCUAAAGAACAGUACCGAAAUCCAAGGAACCAGCCAUAGUGAUCACACCAAGACUAGUCUCCUCCCCCUCGACCAAGUUGAAACCUCACCAUCCUUCGACAUCCAGCUUAACCAGGCCUCCACCAGGCCUGAUGUCAUCAGUACGCAUCCAACGGUCUCUAGCAUCACAACCGACCCCAUCGAGUCAAUGAUCACCAAUAUACCUAGACGCCUACAAGCCAUGUCACCAGCCCGUCAACACAAAGCAUUAACUUUGAUUGAUGCGAUCUUGAGUGACCUAGCAAGCCUUCCCAAAGGGCCACAUGUACCCUCGAUCACCAAACCCGACAUCCCAAACCUUCCCACCUCGUUCACCUGUGAACAACAAGUAUCUGCCAACAUUUACCACGCACAUUUUGAAGCCACCCCUCACAUAGGCCUCAUGAGCAGCGAGGAACCAGUUCGAUCCCCAGAGGGAUCGUAUGCAUCGGUGAGUCUUACUCAUCUGCAUCCCACUUCAGAAGGCAAAGACAUCUUGAUGCAGAAAUUUGAUCUUCAGAUUGAUCGGCUAUUCAACGACCUCCAGGGCUUACCUGACACCACUGAGUCCACAUUUAACCUCGACAAUCUCAUCACUCAGCCCUCGCAAUCUACCCACCCUCGGCCACCUUCACCCCUGCUUUCCCUUCCAACAUCAAAACCAGCAACCCACGCUUUUCUGGACCCUGAAGAUCUGGUAGGCCCCAACACAUCACAUCAUCCAGGCUCAAUCACUUCGCCUCCUGAGUGCCAAACCGAAUCCGGGCCCCACACCCACAAUAACUUCAAAAAAACACCUCAGCGACCUCCGAAGUCACCAAACGAACCCACCAAAAAAUCACCAACUCUUGCUAGGGUCACUCGCAAAAGGGCCAGGGAGGAGGCCAUACUACAGAAGUCGAGCAUCGUCAAUCCAGCCCUGCCAGCCCUUCUAGCCAAGUACCAGAUACAUGAUUGGCUCAAACCCUACGUUAUCGAUGUGCGAGAAGUCCGAGGAGACGGUCACUGCGGAUUCCGGUCAAUUGCUGUCUCAUUGGGCCAAUCUCAGGACGCUUGGUCCGACAUUCGACAAAGGAUGCAUGAGACCUUCAGCAACAUGCCAAAUGUAUUCACUCGCACCUCCUUCCAUGAAAGCCGAACCGCGGCUUUGGCUCGGCUCGCCACCACUAAACCAAAUGUCACCUCCGAGCAACAAUAUUGGCUCAGCAUGCCUGGUUGGGGUGGUGUCAUAGCUACAACCUUUGACAGGCCUGUCUUAUACUACGAACCUGGGUCAAAUAGCCAGAUGACGUUUCCUUACAUUACACCCCACAACAAUAACCCGCCUAUAGUACUCGCCUGGGCGGACUAUCACUUCUGCUCCCUUUUACUUGAUUUCACAAUUCCCAAUUUCCCAGCCCCUCGUCUUUGUCCCACAUGGCGAAGAUUCAGUUCCACUGAUGCCUCAAAUUGGACCGAUCCCUGGACUCAGCUGAUCGAGACACACACUGCCUUUUUGAAGUCCCAAAAUAAGGCUCGCAGAACCCAAAAGAAAAAGAAAAACCCAGUAUACCUAUCAGACUGA